AUGUCUCUUCCGCAAAACCCCUUCACUUCAUCAACAAUACCAUCCAUGAAGAAAUCACCAUCGUUAGAGAAAGAAGGCAAUCAGAUGCAGAUCGAAAACGUCGACCGGAUCGGCAAACUUCCGGACGAUAUGUUGCUCAAAAUACUAAAGAGCUUGUCAACAGAGAAAGCGGUUCAGACAAGUUUGUUGUCCAAACGGUGGGAAGGUGUUUGGAAGCAAAUGCCUUAUCUCUUCUUCAAUAUGAAAAAUGCUCUCAAGGUGGAGUUGCCUCUAGCCGAACAAUCCCAUUUCAUUGCCCAGUUGAUAACCAAGGUUAUAAACAAUCACAGUGGCAAUCUGGAGCACUGCAAAAUCCUGCAUAUGACACCCCAAACUCAAGAUGGUACGCUGGAAACUUGGAUCCGAUCAUUGAUCCACGUGAAACACACUAAAUAUCUCGAGCUUAAGAGAUUUCGUGUUAAUCGCCCUGGGAGAGCUCGUGUGCUCCACUUACCCCCAAACAUAUUUUCACAUCCAAUGCUCACAUCACUCCUUCUGUCUCGAUACCAAUUUGAGUCUGCACAUGCCUUUAACAAUUGCAAUAACAUCAUUAUUCUUAAACUUUUUAAAAUCAAAGUUGAAGUGGAUGUGCUCAACACAGUCAUUGAAUCGUGCCCUUCCCUCAAGAUGCUGGUACUAGAAAUCUUCCAAAACAGUCGAACUGGCUGUCUGAAGAUUCAUAACAACCACUUAAAGUUUGUGCAUUUGACUUGCACUGAAAUUGAUAACGUUGAAGUGUCUGCAGCUCUUCUGGACAUACUCUCUAUUCACAAUGUUAAACUUAUUAGGGGGAUUAAUAUCGUUCUUGACGCCCCAAGAUUACUUCAGUUUAGUCAAAGAUUGUGGAAGGUACAUCAAAGUUUGCCUCACAUAGUCUACAAUAUCUCAUGCGACACUCAGGGGAAUGAAAACAUUGGGCAUAAAUUCGUGAUGAACAUAGAAAAUUACUUUAUGGUUGUGUUUGCAACUUUGGCGGUGAAUGUGGAUAUGAUGAAUCCAAAAGAAGUUUACAUGCUAAAGCAAGUUUUAGAUGCAUGGGCUAGAGACUUGCAAAUUCUCCAGAUCUUCUUUAAGGAUAACGAUAUUGACAAGAAAGAAGGUGAAUCUUCUAUUGACGGAAUACAAAAUAAAUGGGGGAAUUGCUUUCUCGAUGUUGAUUUCCGUGUGAGAAGUGUGUAUUUGUAUAACUUCAAUGGUUUGGAUGAGGAUCAAUUUGCUUUGGCUGCAAGUUUUGUGAUACAAGGGAAGAUGAUGGAAAGUUUGACAAUCGAGACAUCUUCGCUUCCUGCAUACAAAACGCUGGCGAUAGAUACUGCAGUGGCGAAAUUGAUGAAACUUCCAAAAGGUAACAAGAACCUUAAUAUUAAAUUCAUUUGA